GAAACAAACUUUUGAUUCUUUUUUUCACACGACAUUUUUGUUUUAACAUUUGGAGGGAAAAAACAUUUUUGGAUGUCUCGGAAUGUGAUUCAUCAUUCCGAUCAUUACAGGCCCUUAACCCUUUUUUUUCGUCUAAGACUAAAGAGACAAAUUUCUUAUUUAAAAAAUGUUCUUAAAAAUAGUCAACACUUUAAAACUUUUAUUUUUUCGAAAAUGACGAAGACGGUUGGUAAAAGUUUGGAAUCUUUUUUCUUCUUUUUUUUUUCGAACGCAAGAGUCUACGUUGUUUCCCGCCCGACGCUAGACGCGCUGCCUGUCCAUUUUUUCGCCUCGAGGGGUCCACACACACAAAUUUCGGUUUUGGGGAGGUUUUAGAGUAGGCGGGGGCCCGAAGAAAGAAGGGGGAGAGAAUAGAAGAAGUGAAAAAGGAGAGAGAGAGAGAGGAAGAGAGGAGAAAAAAAAGGAGAAGCUUAUUUGACCACCAGCGCCCGCCCCAGUUCUUUUAACAGAGAGCGCCCGUAGGGACACACCGUAUGGACGACCGACGUCGACGACUUUUGUGAAAAGAAAAGAAAAUAAUAAAAAAAAAUAUUCUAGCCCAUUUUUAUAUAUAUGUAUAUAGGGGGAGAGUAGAGAAAAACGGAAGAGAGGGGUGUACAUUUUAUCCCUUCCCUUUUUUUUCUGCACACAAUUUUACGUGCGGACCGUGUAAUAAAAACCUUGAAUUGCUCCAUUCUCUCCCCCUCUUUCGUCUUCUUAACAGUGCUGGCCCCCUUUUUUCCACACAUAACGCUUUCUCGUGAGACUCUGAAAAACCGGUGGUGGUUCUAGUCGGGGGGCACUGUGUGGCGAGUGAGAGGAACUUUUUGGCGUUUCUUUUUUUUUUUAAUUUCUCCCUCCGACGACGACGACUGUUGUGUGUGUCUUUUUUCGUGCGUUAGUGUGUGUAAGGUUAUAUUACUCUUUUUUCGAGGGGAGACUACUGUACAAAGGUAUGGCAGAUGGAGGGGAAGAGGCUGCUGCACGAGUCAGCAGUCCAGAACACCUGGAGGAGUAUCACCGCUUGAUAGAACUGGGACUGGACAGAAGAGUAGCCGGAAAGCUGGAGGAAAUUUACAGAACAGGUAAAUUGGUCCACAGCGAACUGGAUGACCGAGCCUUAGAUGCAUUGAAAGAAUUUCCUGUAGACGGUGCCCAAUCAGUGUUGCAGCAGUUUCUAGAAUCAAACCUAGAACAUGUCUCAAACAAGUCUGCCUUUCUUUGUGGUAUAAUGAAAACCUACAGGCAAAAAGUCAGAGCCCUAGGCUCAGCGACUGCCAGUGCUGGACUUGGCACAGCCAGUGGGACCAGUGCUGUGGAUACGUCUUUCGACUUAAAGCCUCUAGGAAAGGGACCAGAUGAGGAGAAAAUCAAAGCAAUCCUUGACAGGACUGGCUACAAGCUGGAUGUCACCACAGGGCAGAGGAAGUAUGGAGGACCACCACCCAACUGGGCAGAUCCACCUCCACCCAACGGCUGUGAGGUCUUUUGUGGCAAAAUUCCUCGAGACGUCUACGAAGAUGAACUGAUCCCGUUAUUUGAAAAAUGCGGGACGAUCUGGGAUCUUCGGCUGAUGAUGGACCCCCUGACAAACCUCAACCGUGGAUAUGCCUUCGUUACUUUCACUACAACUGAAGCAGCUCAAGAAGCCGUGAAUCAGCUGAAUGAUUUGGAAAUGAAAGGCGGGCGACACCUGAAAAUUAACGUUAGCGUCCCAAACCUGCGCCUCUUUGUGGGCAACAUUCCCAAGUCCAAGGGCAAUGUCGAGAUCAUGGAAGAAUUCAGUAAAGUUACAGCCGGCCUAGCGGAGGUAAUCAUUUACAGUUCUCCGGAUGACCGCCGGAAAAAUCGCGGUUUCUGCUUCUUGGAGUACGAUUCGCACAAGUCGGCAUCUUUGGCCAAACGACGUCUGAGUACCGGCCGAGUGAAGAUUUUUGGAUGCGACAUCAUCGUAGACUGGGCCGAUCCGCAAGAGGAGCCGGAUAACGACACAAUGUCCAGGGUCAAGGUGCUCUAUGUGCGUAAUCUUACGCAAGAGUUUACUGAAGAAAAAUUGAAGGAGGCCUUUGAGGCCCAUGGACCUAUUCAGCGCGUCAAGAAGAUCAAGGACUACGCCUUCGUGCACUUCGAAGAAAGGGAUGAUGCUGUCCAAGCGAUGGAUGCCCUCAACGGUCACACACUCUACGGGGCAAACUUGGAAGUGUCGCUGGCCAAACCGCCGUCGGAUCGCAAGAAGAAGGAGGAGAUACUCAAGGCCCGAGAGCGUCGGUUGCUCCAGCAACAGUUUGUCCAACGUGGUGGUCCUGGUAGCGGUUUAGUUCCAGUCGUGCCGCCUGCCUUACGCGGUGCUCGUCCGCCCAUUCGCGCCGGUGGAGGUUCCGUCCCUUCUCAAGCUGCCGCCGCUUCCGGCGCCCUGGCAUACGGUCGAGAUUUUGAUUUUGAAUACGGUUACGGAGCAUAUCGAGGUCCCUACCCCGAUCCGUACUACAAUGGAUAUUUCCCUUACACUGGAGGUGACUAUUACUACGACUAUCCAGCUCGUGGCGGAAGAGGAAGGCCGACUGCAGGCGCACCCCGUGGAGGUCGUGGCAGGGGCGGUGGCCAUCGCGGUGCUGGAAGUGGAGGUAGUGAGCAGAGAACGUCUAGCCCCGCUGGCGGGACAAGUUCGAGAUGGAGAGGCUCUUCUGCUGGUGGUAGUGGUGGUGGAUCUGAAGGAGCAACGGCGAUAUACUCGAGAGGCGGAGGUGGAAGCCGUGGCGGAUGGAGAGGAGCGCGUGGAGGAACGUCUUCCGGUCGGCCUCAUCCCAGGUCCGGCCAACCUAAAAACUCUGCCCGAGAAGAAGGCCCCGGCGGAGGGGAUGGAUCGCGUCAAAUGGACGAAUCUUCAACGUUCUUUAUGCCGUAGGAGGAUUCGGAGCAGGAGCUUUGAACAGCAGAGCAGGAGCAGGAGGUGGAGACGAUUCAGUUGCCAUGGGAACGUGGCGUGCGGAUGCUCAACAGGGCGGGGCUAGCGGCGCCGAGGAUGCCGUUUGGUACCAGGAAUCCUACGGCACUCAGUGGAGCUAAUUCGAGCUCCCUCUUUUUUUACUUUGCAUCAUCGACUCCCGGUCUGGGUACGAAGAGCCAAGAAAAAGAAGCCCGCGGCCGUUUACAACCCCCCUCCCCUGUCUAUCUCUUAACAGCCACCACCUCCCAAAAGCAACACAACAACAACACUGCCCGACCACUCCGUUCACCCCCUUCUCCACUCUACUCUGCUCUCUCUCUCUCCCUCCACUUUCUCCUUAUAUUUUUUGAAUUUUUCUUGUUUGAAGGUUAAAAACUCUCGCUGUGAUGCCGUCGAGGCUCCAUUCGAUAUGCUCAGACGUCGUUUGUUUGUUUGUUUGGGGUUUGAUCUUUUGUUUGUUUUCUUUUUUUCCUUUUUCCAUUGGGUUCAUCUUCACAGUCUUUCAUCUUCGGCCCAGCUUUUAAAGAAUCGAAACGAAACAAAAGGAAGAAGAAGAAGAGUUAGGAGUAGUGGGUAUUAUUAGGAUACAGCACACACACACACAUAUAGACAUGUCGUUGUUGUAGAGUUUUUUUCCCUGUACCGAGAGAGUGUCCCACUACUUUCAAAUGUAUUCCCCCCUCCCCAACAAACUCGACAACAAGAAGAAAAACGAACGUAGAUUGCGCAACUUGCGACCGAUUCUUUUCGGAAAAUUCUCCCCCCAUCCGCCCUCCCUGUUUCUCUUUAUCUCUCCCUCCUUUUUGAUUGUUAAAGUUUUGUUUUUUGGCAUUUCGCGGAAGGAUCGUCCCUCUUUGAUCUCUCAGCUGUGAGCUAAGGCGGGCAUGGCCAAGCCCUCUGCCCGGUCGGACGGGAAAAGAAAAUUCUUUUAGGAAAGGAGUAAAAUUAAUUUUUUUUUGGAAAUUUAAGCACAGAAAAAAAAAGAGAUAAGACAACGACAGUACAAAAAACUGCUUGGGCACGCCACUAUACCACCAUUAUUGCCACCCUCUCUAUCCCCCCCCCCUCUCCAACCCCUCACCCCCAUAAUGCAUCUGUAUUAACCCUUUUUCCACUCUCAUAUGUCCGUCUUCUUCAAUUCCCUUCUCUUCUUCAUUUCUUCUCUCCCUCGCUUUAUCUUUUUCCUCUGGAGUUUCUCUACACCACCAGGUGGUUUUCAGGGAGAUUGCGUCAGGGACAAGUAAAGGGAGGGAUAAAAAAAAAAUAUUGUUGACACAAUACCCAUCCAGACUGAGUGAUUCGUAUUGGAACUAUUUUUCUCCCGGUUAAAAAUAACAAAGGAAAAAAGAGACAUUAUUUAGUAAAAAAACAGAAACAAGACACACAGUUGUAGCCUCCAAGUAGACCAAUGUUUCCGGUAGUCUGUAGCAAAUAUUUCUUUUUUUGGAUUUUUGUUUUGAAUUUGCGAAACAAAAAAGAAAGCAAAAACCCCCCCAUUUUGUCGUUCUUCGUUCAUGAACGGGGCCAGUGGCACAAAGUGCGCAGUUUUUUUUCUCUUUAUUAGAUUUUCCCUCCCCAUCUCCCCCCCAAAGUAAAAAUCUUAACAAAACUACUACAACUUUAUUAUUCACUUUUUGCACGCAUUUAAAAUAUUUCCGACUAUGAGAAUUCUCUUAAUUCUGCUACACCCUUCAGUUUAUCUUGUCCCCACAACAUUUCGUUAUUAAAAGUAAAAUCCACUCCACACAACCCUUUAUUUUGCAAGCAACUGACUGGGCAUUUAAAAUUCGUUAAACCCUUUUUUUUUCAUUAUUUUUUUUCCCUGGCUCAUUCAUCUCGAGAUGAAAAUGUGUUAUGUAAUGAUGGGAAAACUGCGGCCCCUCCCUCUCUAUCCAUCUUUUUCUCUAAUUGAUCAUUCAGUUUGUCCUUCCACUUUUUUUUUAUUAUUAUUAUUAUGAAUGCGCUUUUUUUCUCGUCUUUUGUUUUUUGUUGUUUGUCAUAGUCUUUCGUCUCCGAUUUGAGUAGCGGUACAUUUAAAGAAAAGAGGUUCAAUUGAAAUUGACAAGAGACGAGACAUUAUUUGAGACAACUCCUCCGCCUUGCGUGUAUGUUUCCCUACCCCCCGUGUGUGUUUUCUUUGUUGGUCGUUAAUUCCUCCACCCCUUUUCUAUCAAUAGUUUUUUUUUUCUCUUUAUUUUCGGUCUCGGAUUCACUUAAGUGAAAGUGGAGAGUGACCCUCUCCUGGUAAAAUUAUCUAUCCACUCCCCCCUAAAUGUGUUUUUCUUUUCAUUUCCUUCCCCAUUUAUUUGAUUGAAUUCUCUUUUUUCCCUUCUUCCUGCCAAUGUGUAUGUGUUCUGCAAUUGUUUUUCAACUCUCUUUUUUUUGAUCCAACUGAAUGUGUGGAUGCUAAAUGGAAAGAUACCCCAGUGCUCUUCAUCCGCCACCAUUUCAAACUCCCGUUAUAGUAAUAUUAAAAAAAGGAAAAAAUUCAAUUUAAUCCCCCGGGCCUUUUUUUUUCUUGAAAAAUUAAAAACAAUAAGAUAUUUUUUUGUUCCGUCACGUUUGACGUGUAUUGCGGAAGAAAACCUAAAAAUUGUUUAUUUUUUUUUAUUUUUUUUUUCUCUUGAUGCGACGUGUUCAUCUUUUUUUUUUUGUUUUGUCUUCUCUCUGCUGUGUAUAAAAUAAUCAUAAUGUGCGGAAUUGGUCCGGUGAAAGUUCCCCCCCUCCCCCGCGUGUUUUUCUCUUCUCGGAGAUGAAAAAAAAAAGUUUGAUUCGGAGCGCAAUUUUCCCCAAAUCAUAUUCCCCAACCACACCCAUUUAUCUUUAUGUCUUUGGUUUAUUACACUAAAAAAAAAAUUCCCCUUACCUGUAUUUUAUUUUGUUUAAUUUUUUUUUAUUCAUCCCCUCCAAAUUGUCCGCCCUGAUAAUUUGUGUUACAUCAUCACUUUUUUGUGUUUAGCUUAUUAUAUAACUUUGAAAACAAAAACAAGAAAAAGAUGGAAGACGACAAAACACGACACGUUUUACAAAUAGCUAGUUUGAUUGAAUUUGCCCCCCCCCCCAAUUUUCUGAUUUUGUAUGCGAGAAUGCAAGUAAAACCGAAAUUAACUUGAGAGAUGUUUUCUCGCAUUUUGUCUGGCCCAUAAUAAUUGAUGCAUCUCGUCCUUCAUCAAUGCAACAAUUACGUGAUGCUGUUUGUCCGCUGAUGGAUCUGUCAAACCGUCGAAUUCUUUUAUUUUCUCUACCGAGGGUGCUGAACGAAAAUGCUAAAAUGCUCCCAUCUCGUUUGAAUAUUUGACCGUUGAAAAUACAACAUGCAAGAGAGAAAGUACAGUUGAGACACACCCAACAUUCUGUUGCACAUACAUGAAAACCUUAAAAAAAAACUUUCGGUUCCAUUCGUUUUUUGAUUCCUUCCAUCGGUAUGUGUGUUGUUGUGUCCUUGCACCAGCGAGUCAAUCCGCUUCUUUUUAGCCUUGCAUCCAUCCCUCCAUCUCUCUCUCUCUGCUGGUUUACUAGUUCUUAAAAUGGAAUAUUUUAGUUAUUCAGAUCGUUCGAGACCCCUCUGUUUUUUUGCAUAGUUGCUUAUUUUCACAUUUCCUUAUUUGACGUGACAAAGACUUAUUUGGGAGUUGUAAUGAAACCGGUUAGUCUACAGCGAACGACAUGCAAAAACCACCAUCCCCCACUUGUUAGUUUUUUUUGCCACAGCUAUUUUCUCUCCCCCGAUAAAAGUCUUGGGAGGGUUUAUCAAAUGUCUCCCCCUCCUUUAUUGGCGCUCUAUUCAAAUCUGCAAUUCUGGUUUUCACCUAGUUUUUUUUCUUUUUGGGUUGCCCCGUUUGUUAUUACACCGAAUCAAAGUGAUGAUGAUGUCGUACCCACCUUCUUCUUUUUUUAUUACAUCAACGUUUUACAUAUUGACAUAAAAAACAAUUCGGUUUUAUAUGGUUUUCUCCCCUCCCUUGGUUUCUCACAGUCUGCAAUGCAAUGCGUGUUUUUUGCGUGUGUUUUUUUUGCACAUGUGUAAGAAGAAGAAAAAACGGAACACGUUCAAUCACCAAAGUUCACACGGGGGUCUGAGAGGGUUGAUCAUUUUCCCACCUUACAACAUUUGGCCAUCACACAAGCAAGGAGCCCCCCCCCCCCCUUUUUUCACCUUUGAUAAUUUACAUUCUAAAGUGAUUCUAUAGAAUGAGUCGGUGAAAUCUGUAAUAAUUCGUUCAUUUUGUAAACGACGCGGGCAUUGAAAAUUGUAUUUUCAGUAAUAUGCGCAUAUAUGUGAGAGUGUAUGUGUACGUGUGCGAUUUGAUACAUGAAAAACCUGUCUCCUA